GCUAUAUCUGGGAGGGGGCGGUCGCGCSGCUUCCUUUAGUGCGCGUCCGCCCGCCGCGCCGCAGCUGCCYGCCCGCUCCGCCCGUCCCGCCGCAGGCCGCGAACAUGGAGGACAGCGCCAUGGACAUGGAGAGCGUGGGCCCGCUGCGCCCGCAGACCUUCCUCUUCGGCUGCGAGCUUAAAGCAGACAAGGAGUAUCAGUUCAAGGUAGACGAUGAAGAAAACGAGCAUCAGUUGUCUUUGAGAACGGUUACUUUGGGGGCUGGAGCGAAAGAUGAGCUACAUGUCGUCGAAGCAGAAGCACUGGACUACGAAGGCAACCCCAUUAAAGUAACACUGGCAUCGCUGAAGAUGUCAGUACAGCCUACGGUUUCACUAGGUGGCUUUGAGAUUACACCACCAGUGGUCUUGAGAUUGAAAUGUGGUUCGGGGCCUGUAUAUGUCAGUGGUCAGCAUCUUGUAGCACUAGAGGAAGAACCAGAGUCAGAUGAUGAGGAAGAUGACACAAAAGUUGUGAAYGCCUCGACAAAGAGACCAGCAAGUGGUGGAGGAGCUAAAACACCACAGAAAAAAGCAAAACUGUCAGAAGAUGAUGAGGAUGACGACGACGAUGAGGAUGACGAUGAUGAUGAUGAAGAUGACUUGGAUGAAGAUGAGGAAGAACUGAAAAUACCAGUCAAGAAACCCGCCCGUGAAUCUUCGGGGAAGAACAUGCARAAAGCAAAGCAAAAUGGAAAAGACUCCAAGCCGUCCACACCAGCAUCUAAAUCAAAAACUCCAGAUUCCAAGAAGGACAAGUCUCUAACUCCAAAAACACCCAAAGUCCCUCUGUCGUUAGAGGAGAUUAAAGCAAAAAUGCAGGCGUCCGUAGAUAAGGGUACUACCCUUCCUAAGUUGGAAGCCAAAUUUGCCAACUAUGUUAAGAAUUGUUUCAGGACGGAGGACCAGAAGGUCAUUCAAGCUCUCUGGCAGUGGAGACAGACUCUGUAAGAAAAGAAAACAGUUUAAACAGUUCAUUAAAAUCUGCAGUCUUAUUUCUGUAACCAUUAUUUGGCUGUCCUUUUUACAAAUGCUGAAAGCUUUCCCUACAGUGUCUGAUAAAUGUCAUCCAGAUUACCUUGCCAAGAAUGUGUUGUCCAAAAUGCCUGUUUAGUUUUUAAAGACGGGACUCCACCCUCAGCUUCGUUUUAAGUAUGUAUGGAAUGUUUUGAUAAGGCAUGGUGG